CUCGCACCGCACCGUACCCCGCACUCGCCGAAUUUGCGCGGCCGCGGCCAGACGUUUCACCAUGCCCGCAGCCGUACGUCGCCGUGCGGGCGCGAGCGCCGCGGCUUCCGGCUCCCAGGACGCCGAAGGCAGCCACAGCGCCCAGGGCGUAGAGAGCAGCCGCGAUGGGGCCGCAGCGCCCGUUCCCGAUGCUCAGCUGUGCCGCCUCGCAUCGAUCGAGCUGAGCGGCACGCCCUCGGUAAUGGGCUCGUGCGUCGCGCUCAGCCCGGCCGGCCAGGCGGCCUUCGUCUCGCCAGCGGCGAUCCACGUGCUCACGCCUGCAUGGACGCUUGCACCUCUGUCCGAUACCAGUGCACCGAGCAGCAGAGACCUCAGCAUGCGCCUACUCCCUGGCCUGGAGGUGCCGACACUGGAGCGCAGCGCGGCACUGUCGUGUGCGGCGUACACGGCCAUUCGAAUCGAUCCUCUGCUCGCGCCAGCCAGGGACGACCACAGCACAGGCAGAGCGCUCGGCCAAGACUACGCGGCGUUUCCCGUCGGUCUCGACAAGCUGGGCUGGAAAGCGGCUGCCUGGUCGCCGCAGCCGUUUGGGAGCCUGAACAGGUGCGUCCUGCAGCCCUCGCUGUUGGCGUCGACCAGCGGCUGAGUGAUUUGCAGCCCGCUACUGGCUGCGCUAGACUCGAGUCUGCGCGUGUCCGUCUUCCACGCCAAGUCAGAUCCUGUGCGCGGUCCGUACGAAGUGAGGGACUAUCUGAGCGUGCCGGGAGCGGACAAGGACGCAGAGGGUGCUCCGUCCCGCAAAGACUUUCUGCGGCGACAGAUCACCUGCAUGACGUGGCUUCCAAGCACAGCUCGGGAGCAAGAGCACACAGGCACCGCUCCCUUGCAGUCCAGCUGCCAUCUCCUCGCUGCGACGCGCCUCGGCGAGCUCCUGCUCUGG